AUGGCGGAUCAAGAUGAGAUUCGUGGUAAUUCGGUCUAUCAGGUUGAACAGCCUGUUACCGAAACUCCCUCACCGGUUGAAAAGCCCGUUGCUGCGAAGGAACAGAAGUCCGGUUUGAUGGCUAAAAUCAGGAGAAUGUUCAACCAAGAUGUCCGGGAGGAAAUGCCCGCAUACAAGGAUAUCGAAAUCCACACCUGGGAUGGGCCCGACGACCCCGAGAAUCCCUUCAACUGGAGCCUCAGAUACAAAUGGCUGCUAACGAUCACCGUAUGCUUCAUCUCCAUCCUCACAGGUCUCCCCGCAGGAACCUACGGUUCCGGCAACGACUGGAUGGAGAAAGAAUUCAACGUCCAGAACUCCCCCUUCCCAAACCUGUACUGGGCCACCACCUCCUGGAACAUGGGCGCCGCCUUCUGGCCAUUGAUCUUCGUCCCUCUGACUGAGGCCUCCGGCCGCAUGCCAGGAUACUUCGUGGCAUAUGUGAUCCUGGUCAUCUCGCUCUUCCCGUCUGCAUUCGCAAAGAACUUCGCGACACUCGUCGUGACGAGGUUCUUCGGUGGUGGUGCUUCUUCCGUCUCGAUUAAUAUCGUCGGUGGAAGUAUCUCCGAUGUGUGGCUCGGUGACCAUGCCCGCAGUCUGCCGAUGUCUAUUUUCGGGUUUACGAGUGUUGUUGGUAUUGCACUUGGUCCAUUUAUUGGAUCUGCUAUUGUGCAGAUUCAUAAAUCGGAGCCGUGGCGUUGGAUCUUUUACGUCCAAAUCAUCUACAACGCCGCUCUGAUCCCAGUCUUUUGGCUAAUCCUCAACGAAACCCGCCCAGACGUGAUCCUGAAGAAGCGCGCACGCAAGAUCCGCAAAGAAACCAACCGCCCCGUCUACGCCGCCUCGGAAAUAGACGCACCAAGCAAACUCCGCCUUCUCAAGAUCUCCUUCCAACGCCCGACAAACAUGCUCCUCACCGAGCCAGUCGUAAUCUUCUUCACACUGUGGAUCAGUUUCGCCUGGGGAAUCCUCUACCUAUUCUUCUCCAGCGUCGUUCAGACCUACUCCACAAACUACGGCUGGGGCACGAUGGGAACCGGUCUAGUCCAGCUCGCCAUUUCGGUAGGCGCAAUCAUCGGAACAGUAAUCAACCCACUGCAAGACUGGUUCUAUCUCCGCUCCGAGCGACGCAAUCAAGAGAAACCUGGUAAACCCAUCCCCGAGGCAAGACUGUACACGUCCAUCCCGGGUAGUCUGCUCUUUGCCGCGGGUCUGUUCUGGUAUGGAUGGGCCAGUCAGCCUGAUAUUCAUUGGAUUGUACCGACUAUUGGCAUCACGGCUGCGGGCAUUGGGAUCUAUUCGAUUUAUAUGGCUGUUGUUAAUUAUCUGACUGAUGCUUAUGAGCGGUAUGCGGCGUCGGCUUUGUCGGCUGCUUCGCUUGGUAGAAAUGCUUUUGGCGCGUUUUUGCCGCUUGCUUCGCCGCAGUUGUUUGGAAAUCUUGGGUUUGGAUGGGCGGGCACUUUGCUUGGGUUUAUUGGGGUUGCGUUGUCGAUUGUGCCUGUUAUUUUGGUUUUCAAGGGUCCGCAGAUUCGGGAGAGGAGUAAGUUUAUGAGGGAGGCUAUGUGGGAGCCUGAGGAGAGGGUUCAGGUUGAUCGGUCUGGGAAGGAGGAUUUAGGGCCUACUUCCGAGGGAAUUGCGUAA